UCUGAAACAAGUUCGAAUGUUAGAGACUAAGGAAACAAAAUAAGAAAAAGAAAAUGCUUUAUGGCUCAUAAGGCUCGCAAAUAGCCGCACCGCUCCUCUCACAUGUUGUUAAUAACAUAAGUCUCCAAUUUAUUUUCUCCCCAUCCUCUCAUCUUAUAAGAGAGAGAGAGAGAGAGAGAGAGAGCCUUUUGUGUUCUUGUUUAGGUUUUCAUUUUUAUGUUCUGGACUUUAGGCUAAGACUCCGUUAUUUUUUUUACCACCUUGGAAUUUUUGGGUGUUGUUGCUGUCUUAAAGAAAAAGCUAUUGAGGUCCCAUUAGAGAGGCAAGAGUGGGAAUAGGAGUUUCUGUUUCUGUUUUAUGUGUGUUUAAGGUUUAUAGAGUUGAGAGUUUUGAGUGGAUAUAACAGAAAGAGAGAGAGAGAGAUUUUGUAUGAUGGGGACAAGAGCAGAACAUAAUAAGGAAGAUUUUGUUGGUUGUGGGUUUGGAUUUGGAGUUGUAGAACCUUCCCACAGAGAAGUUAUGAUACCAUCACAUCAUCAUCAUCAUUAUCCAUCAUAUAUAUCUCCUUCCUCUUACUCUGGUUCCGCUGGUGUUACCGACCCUGUCUUCUCUUCUUCAACCAAUCAUGCUUACACUUGUUCUCUUGGUGAAAUGUACUCCCUCGCUGGUUCUAACUCUGCUGCUGUCUCAGCUGCAGACCCUUUAUUCACCUUGAGCUCUUCAGGGGAGAUGGGAAGAAGUAUGAGUGAGAAGGAAGGUGCAGCAGCAGCAGCUUUCAGUGAAUCUCAAUGGCAGGAGCUUGAGAGGCAGAGGAAUAUAUAUGAGUACAUCAUGGCUUCUCUUCCUGUUCCUCCUGAGCUUCUCACUCCCUUUCCCAAGCACCCUUCCCACACUUACCAUCAUGAUGUGGCGAAAGGAGGUUCGUUGAAGCUGGGGUUUACUUCAAACGCAAGCAACAACGCGGCUGAUAUGGAGCCGUGGAGGUGCAAGAGAACAGAUGGGAAGAAAUGGAGAUGCUCUAGAAGCGCAGUCCCUGAUCAGAAAUACUGUGAGAGACACACGCACAAGAGCCGUCCACGUUCAAGAAAGCAUGUGGAAUCAUCUCAACACAAUGACACUCGCACCACUAAGAACGCUGCUAGCCACUAUGCUGGGACUUAUCCUCAGCUUUACGGACAACCCGUUAAUCCAUUUUCAAAUGAUCAUAGGUGGUUUAUGAAAGAAGACGAUUCCAAUGCAAAUUUAAAUCCAGCGGUUGGACCAAGCAGGGAGCUUAAACUUGGAUUUGAUUAUGAUCUGAACUUCAGGCAGGAGGAGGCAUUAGUUAACCAGAGCUUUGGAGCGUUGGAGGGUCUGUUGAGUCCAAACCGCCAAGAGACGAGGCGGUUUUUUGUAGAAGGGGAUCAAGAUGAAGCAAUGGGAAGCUCUCUGACACUAUCAAUGGCAGGUGGAGGCAUGGAGGAAGCAGAGAGGAGAAGAAACCAGCAGGACCAGUGGGUUAGUCAUGAAGGACCGUCAUGGAUUUGUUACACAUCACCAGGUGGACCAUUGGCUGAAGCACUCUUUCUUGGUGCCUCCAACGACCCAAGUGUUAGUACUACUACUAGUAGCUGCAGCAGAAGCUCAGGCUAAAUAAAAAUGACUUCAAGUUGUGUGAUUUUACAAGUCAAAAACCGGUUUAGUAAUUAGAAAUCAAAACUAUCUUUUAGAUUAUGAACCGUUCUCAGUGAUUUGUCUGAAAAAACUGAGCCAGACCUUAGUGCUUUUGUUUUGCUUCGCUUUUGUGGUUGGAUUUUGCAGAAGCUUAAACCGCUACUCUAUGAUGGAAAAGUGUUUGAAACACCGGUUUACUUAAACCACUGGAGAUCUAUUAAUUAAACUACUAGUAAUCUAUUCUAGAUCAUUAUCUUGGGUGGAGAGACAAACACAGAGCUAAGUUGAUAGCGAAUCUGCAGCAUUCUAGUUCAAAGUGAUUAGCACACUGAAUUAAAUAAAUCAGAACUAGUUCCGGUUCAAUAAACCGGUUUGGGUGAAGAGAACUCAUGUCUUUGUUGGGUUGGGGAUGCUGAUCUAUACUAUAUACUAUAUUAAAAGGGAUAUAUGAGCUCCAUUGAGCCUAUCCACAUCAGCAUAAAAAUCAGCCAAUCAGAAAUCUUCAAAUUGCCAUGUCACAUAUGUUUUUUCUCUUCACGGAAAAAGUCGGGUCAACAGUAUAGGCUUACAAAAAUUUGAAAUAGCCCGUUUCAAGCCCAUCUCAUCACACCCUAAUCUUCAACGCCAUCGAUGAUCGUUCCGGCUCUUCCUCUUCCUCGGAAUCGCUUUGCAUCCCUGUCAAUUGCCGUUACCAUACAUCACUCUGAAUCAUUCAGUGUGUUCUUUAUUCCUUUAUUUAUGGUUUCGUUUCUCCUCCCUUUGUUUUUCUUCUUAUAUAAAAGCUAUCGCCAUGAAAUCCACAAGAAGAUAAAGCUAUUGCCAUAAAAUCCACGAAAAGUCUCCCGUGUCCAGAGAGUACGAUCUCUUCGGGAUCAAAGUCAUCGACGAGGAGAUCAAGUUCGUCAAGGAGAUUGGGGAGAAGCUGAUGUCUGAAGCCAUGAAGGUGUUGGAGAGAGGCGUGGAAGGGCUGAAUCAAGCUGAAGUUGGGACUGGGUUGCAGGUUUUCUAUAACCUAGGUGAGCUUAAGCUUACGGUUGAUCAAUUGGUGAACAAGUAUAAAGGAAUGGCUGUGAAGAGUGUGAGCGUUGCGAUGGAUAUGAAAGCGAUUUCUUCUGGGCCUGGGUGGUGGUGGUGGUGGUUUUGGGCCUGGAGGGAUUAAGUCUAGCGGAGCGCCGCACAUUGGUGGUGAAGGUAAGGUUAGGGAGGCGCUGUGGCAGAGGAUGGGGAGUUGUAUCGAUCAAGGUGAGGAUGAUCUAAAGAAGUCUUUGAUAGAUGAGUUAUCUUCUUUUUGAGAGAUCACACAUUUUUCUAUUCCAAUAUACUUUCACGGCCGUCUUAAAUGGACUAUGGGAAAUUCAUGCUUUUUUUCAACCAAAAUUGAAAAUUGAGGAUUUAAAUGACAAUUUUCCCAUUUUUUUACCUACAACUUUUCUUUUACAGCUGCAAUUACAUUUCAAUAGGUGGUGGAAGUUUGUUCAAAGGUUUGGAAGUUAUUUGCAAAAAGAGCCAUGAUUGUCGUAUGAUUCUUCGUCUGUACAUAGAUUUGCUCAUGCUUCUUGAUUUGAAUUCAAAAUUGAAACGUCUCUCAUGAAUUCUUUUUUUAACUGUAGCUCAUUAUAUCAAGAUUCACAUAAUCAAAAGUAUGAAGAAAGGAAGAAAUGAUCUCUCAUCUGGUGAUAAGAGAAAGAGGCACUUUUGAAAUGUUUUUAAGUUCAGUCUAUGUGAUAAUUGUUAGUUGCUUCACACUACUACUCCAACGGUUAAGUUAGAACCAGCAAGUAAAGAAAAAGAUGGUAAGCUUCAUAUCCAAAAUCUUUUAUGUUAUAUUGUUCUGUUGCAAUAUAAUAAAAUUAACAAUAGUUCUUAUUCCCACUUAUAAUUUUUGUCUACUUUGAAAGGAAUAUGGUCACCUAAUUUUAAUAUCUUGGAUGACAUAUUACGGGGACUCUAAACUAUAAAAUAUGUAGUAUUGCAUUACAAGGUGUGCUAUUCUGGACGAGUAUUCUGAACUUGAGCAAAAUCAUUUAGACAAGCCCUGUUUUACGGAUUCCAACACUGAACAGUUACAUUCAGAUUUUGAGAGGCGCAAAAGAAUACACAGGAACAGAAACAGUGAGAUAACAUUGGAUGGCAGAGGUGAGAAGCUGCAGAGAAAACAGAGGCCGAGAGUCACCAUUGGGUGGCCAAGUUAUCUUGAGAGGAAAAGAAGAGAGGCUCAAGAGAUACAAGUGAAUGAUCAACAAAAUUUGGAGGAACAAAAACGAAUAGAUACUGACUAGGGAGAUUCUCUUGCAUCUUGCAAGUAGAAUGGUCUUAGUUUUGGUUUACUGAUUUUACUCGCUUAUAAUCCCGAGUCGUAGAACUUGAUGGUUCAUGAAGAAUAUAUUCAAGAGAAUCUUAAUGUUGGUGGUCA